CUAAAGAAAAAGUCAAAAGUUACACUCUACUCUAGUAGAGUGUUAUUUAUUUAAAGAAAUGGCUGCUUCAACUGCAAACGUGAAUAUCUUAACCCCGAUUCCGUCGUGGUCGUCCAGAUUCGAACCACUUCUUCCCAGAUCUCAAUUGGGAUCAAUUUCCAAGGCUCCCUUCUCUUCGCUCUCAGCUUCUAAUACUACCACUAUAAGCUUUGGUUCCAGACCCAGACAGACCAGAGUACUGAACCGGGACGCCAAGCCACCGGCUGCCACUAUGGUGCUUGAGAACCCGGUCGUCUCCGAUAUCUGCGCCACCCUCUUGAGCGGUUGCAUCGCGCUGUCGAUGUUUCGAGUCUGGGGAGAGACCGCCAAACGAGGGCUCUUCGACCAGAAGUUGAAUCGGAAGCUUGUGCAUAUAAGCAUCGGGCUGGUUUUCAUGCUUUGCUGGCCUCUGUUCAGUUCUGGGCAUCGGGGGGCCAUUUUAGCAUCUCUUGUUCCGGGCAUCAAUAUCAUACGAAUGCUUCUCUUGGGACGUGGAAUAAUGAAAGAUGAGGCUAUAGUGAAGUCAAUGAGCAGACACGGAGACUAUAGGGAACUUCUCAAGGGACCACUCUACUAUGCUACAACAAUCACUUUGGCUUGUAUAAUUUAUUGGAGAACUUCCCCCAUUUCAAUUGCAGCAAUCUGUAACCUCUGUGCUGGGGAUGGUUUAGCUGACAUUAUUGGAAGGCGGUUUGGUGGUGCUAAAAUUCCCUACAACAGAGACAAAUCUGUAGCUGGUAGUGUAGCAAUGGUGUCUGGCGGAUUUUUGGCAUCUGUAGGGUAUAUGUACUAUUUCUCAUUAUUUGGAUUUGUUCGGGGAAGUUGGGAAAUGGUUUUGGGCUUUUUGGUUGCGUCUCUUGCCUCAGCACUGGUGGAAUCACUCCCUAUAAGCACUGAGCUUGAUGACAACCUGACAGUUCCCUUGACUUCCAUAUUGGUGGGCACUCUUGUUUUCUGAUUUCAGUAGUUAAGGAAAGCAGACUUGAUUAACAGAGGGAAGUGUUGGGAUUGACCUGACGUAGGGGUGGAUAAUGUAUUCGUUGUAUACUAAAAUUUUGGACAAUUUUAGGACAAGAGAGCCAACUCUUAUUAGGCUUGUAAGAUUAAUUGCACUUGUAUGCUUUUGGGGCUCCUCCUCAAGUGCAUCCUUUUGUCUGGGGUUUGGACAAGACGUUUCUCAAUUUCAAAUGAAAUUGAUAGAAUCAAUUCA